GGUAACAUAGCAUACACGUAUUUCAUGUGGCAUUUAAAAGUUAAAAAACAUUGCUUUUUACAUUCUUUAUUUUGUAUAAAAUAGAAGGUAAAUAUGAAAUUUAAAAUGUUUUGUAAACUAGCGAUUUUCGUAGUCACAGUUUUUCCGACAUUUGUUACCACGUAAGUAUCAACUCAUGAUUUCAUAUUACAAUUUCAAAAAAUAAAUCGGGUUUUUUUUAGGGAUUUAAUCAAAGAUGAUGACGGCCAAAUAUAUUGGAAUAGUAAAUGGCUGGUGGCUCCUCAAAGAGGCGCAAAAAACAAAGGUAAUAUAUUUUUAAAUUAUCACGUUAAAUAUUAACUGCCCUCGUGAAUCAAUUAUUCGAAUACAUAACACAAUAUUAAAUCGCAUUACAUUACUCCUGAUAUUUAUAUUUUUUACACUUACGCGUCUUUGACUUUUUGUAACAAUCAAAACCGAUUUGUUUUUUUUGUUUUUAUAUUUUUCAUGUAUUCAACUUUCUAUAUUGAAAAGCAUUAGGGAAGUAAUUCUAUAACUUUUCUUGUGAAAUACUUUAUAAUUGGGGAAAAUAUACACUUGAAAUUGGACAUCUAUCUCUAUCUCUAUGAUUGAAAAUGAAUUAAAUACAGUUACAAAAAAAUAAUAAAAUCAUUUAGUAAGUUACCUAAUUCUCUGUAAAAUCAACCAUUUUUUUGGGGGGGGGGAGUGGGGAUAAAAUUCACACAGUCCACCAUUUAGCCGAAUUGGAAUAUUGCCAAAUGAUUACAAAUUAAAGAUAUAAACAAAAUUAUCUUAUUUAUCCAAUUUCUCAUCUAUAACAGUAUGUCUACAAUCUUUUUUAAAAUUAUAUACUUUUUACCUGAUUUUUUCUGCAUAAGUUUUCUGAUUUUUCGUGAAGUUUUUUUAAAAAUUAAGCAAAACCAAAAAAAAAAAAAAAAAAAUGUAGAAAUAACAUACUAAUUUACGAUUUUAUAUACGAAUUAUAUAUCUUUUCUUCCCAACUUCCCACUUGCAGCAAUGGUAUACCAGUCCCCAAUAUCAGUGCUUUUUAAAUUAAUAUACACAAUUGAAUUUUAAUUGUUCGAUUUAGGAGAAAUUGAUGGUGUACUUUUUGGAUACAUAAAAAUUAGAAAAUUAAUGCCAAAUGAGCAAAAGAAAGCGGAAGCUGCUAAAAUAAGGCAUUUAGAAUCUAUGCGAUUGAUGGCUAAAAAUUUAAACAAAAGUAUGGCUGACAUGACUAAAAAUAUGAACCGAAAUGUAGCUAAUGAUGUGGACCAAAAUAUGGACAAUUUGAACCAAAAUAUGGCUAAUGGAGGUAAAAAUAAGUCUAAAAGCAAACAAUUUCGAGAUACGAAAAGUUAUAAGGGCACAAGGAAUAGGAAUAAGAACAAACAGAGAUGUAAAAAAAAAUACGAUACAAACGAAGAUUCGGACGAAGAUACGGACGAAGAUACGGACGAAGAUACGGACGAAGAUACAGACGAAGAUACAGACGAAGAUACGGAUGAAGAUAUAUAUGAAGAUACAUAUGAAGACACAGAAGAAGAUACUGACGAAGACACAGAAGAAGAUACUGACGAAGAUACUGAAGAAGAUACUGACGAAGAUACGGACGAAGAUUCAGACGAAGAUAUGAAAUAUAUGAGUAAAAAUGUUAUCCGUGGUAAUGGUAAUGGUAAUGUAUUUAACAGUUUUAAUAACGUCAAUGGAAAAUAUUCGGCUAAUAGGAAUCGCGUUAUGGGCCCAAGACCUAUUAUUGGUGAUAAUAGUAGCUGAAACGUACUGUACAGUUUUAAUAAAGUUAAUAAUAAUAACUCUAUUAAAGGCACGGUUAAAAAGAACCGCGUUAAUAGUACUAGUGGUAUUCAUGGUAGGUAAUAAUGUUGGACAUAGUGAUAAUAAUAGUAGUAAUAUUGGUAAGAACGCAAACGAUUUGAAUAUUCAUACAGAUGAUAUUUUUGAUUUUAACAACUCUCGUAAAAACCCGGGUAAUAAGAAACCAGGUAUUAAAGGCCAUACUAUUGUCGAUAAAAGAAAUAGCAUUAUUGGCCACGCUCCUAAUAGUUACGUAUCGUUAUAGAAUUGUACAUAGUACGUUGUUUACAAUGAUAAGGAUAACAUGGUUCGGAGUAAUUUGAAACUUUCAAAUUUCGGUAAUUUUAAUAUUUGUCUGAAUUAAAUUCACAUUAUUCUACAUUCAAUUUUUUAAUAUGCCAUAAUAUGAAAUUGUUUAUCCUUUAAAUUUAAUAAACUGCAAGUUUCAAAUUGUUAAAAUUUUGUAUUUAAUUCAGCCUUAUUCUAACAAUGGUCACUGUGUAUUCAUCAUAUAUUUUAUCUUGGGUGGGAGAGUUUUAAUCAGAUAAAAAUGUCUUUUUCAUUAUUGAAAUAUAUAGAUUAAUUUUAUACAUGGGUACUAACAUAUUUCUAAAUGUAAAGUACGUUUCGCCGCCAUCACAACUUCGCGCUACAACUCCCUAUUUUGAAUUACAGUUCUUUCUAACCUUUCCUAAUCGUUUUCCAUCACAUCCAUCCAUCUCUUCCUUGGGCGCCCUUGUAGUCUCUUCCCUGCCAAUAUCCAAACCAUUGCGUCCUUGUCUAUAUUAUCGUUAUUUCCACGCAUUAUAUACCCAAGCCACUGUAUCCUAUGACUCCUUUUGUAGCUUUUGAUUGGAGGUGUCCCCGUCUCCUUCAACAAUUUUUUGUUGAAAUUUCUGUUCAGCAUACCAGUUUUUGCAGUGAAGAAUUUCAAUACGUAUUUAAAAUACUUUUUUAAAAUCUAAUAUGUUUAAUACGAU